CGCCCUCGUGUGGUACGAAACCCAUUUUCCUUCGGAUCUUUCUGCUGAUGCAGCGUUCGACCUAUGCCGUUUGAGAAAUAACAUCGGCCGAGAAGAAUGGCAUUUCGAAAUCCAAAUGGUCCACCGCCAGGCACAGUAGGUUAUGGGAUGCUGCCAUAUCAUCAGCAGAUGUAUAUGCCAGGUAACAUGAAUAUGGGUUUACCUGGCCAGCAACAGCAACCCAGGCCGGGCGGCGGGCAGUACAUCCAACAGAGGGCGCCCUUCCCUGGUAUGACGCCCCAGAGAUAUCCCAUCAUGCAACAGGGCCUGGCCGCGCAGCAAGGAGGGUUUCAACCGCAGAUGUUCCCCAGUCAGGCGCUGCCUCAGCAGCAGCAGGGUGUGAACAUGCAGCAGCAAAUGCCAUAUCAGCAGCAACAGCAGCAGCAGCAGCAGCAGCAGCAGAUGUUUGCAGGUCAACCGCAACCGAUGGCAUCUCACAUGCAACAGCAGUUGCCUCGUCAUCCAAGUCGUCACGCACAAGCGGCAGGCAAACACCAGAUGACCGAGGAACAAGCGAAGAAGGAGCGCUACUUCCAGGAGCAGCAGCGGAAGCUGAAGCAGUUUGGCAGAGUGGGCGGCAAGGCGGCGUCCGUCGAUUCCCUCAACAUCAACCUGGAGGAGAUGUUUGGGAAAGGGGGCGGCGGGAAGGGAGGCGGGGCUGGAAAAGAGGCGGGGAGAAGCAAGCAAGGAGGCGGGGUUGAAGGUGGAGGUCAACCCCUGAAGACUGACACAGCGGAGGACGAUGGAUUUGGAGACUUCCUCCAAGGCCCGACACCCCCGGCCAACACCCCACAGACACCUGAGGCUGGCCCCCUGGGACUGCCAGGCCAGACACAACCACCAGCCAAGGAUGACGGCUUCAGUGAAUUCCAGCAAGGAGAGAGAAAGGAGACAGGGAAUAUCGCUAAACCCAAGCUGCUGAAACAAGACAAGAAAGUUCCGUCCUUGGAGAGUAUGAUGCUAGACUCAGCAGACCUGACCGCACCGAGCAAAUCAACCAAAGCAUUCCAUCAGAAGAAGAAACUACGGGAGGCGGAGCCUGCAACCCAAGCCCACCGCCAACAGACGUUCAGCAAAGGCAAAGCCUGGUCCAGCGCAGAGAAUGUCACGUCGCUCUUCACCAUGCCGGAAACCCCCGCACAGAGUGGAGGUGGCCAGGCUGAGCAUGUGCAGGGGUUGAAGGCGGGCAGUUCCAUUAUGGCUGCACAGGGUGGAGAAGGGAAGGGUGUGCCUGCUUGGUGCACGAAUGAGGCUAGCCUCCCUCUACUCUACCGCCAAGUCCUAGAGGCUUCACUCAGAGACGACAGGAUAGAAACCCACCUGCUCUACCCCAUCCUGAUGCUGUCUGGACUGGACAAGCCGAUGCUUGGACACAUCUGGGGAUUAGCCAAUCAGACCAUUCCUGGACAACUGACCCGUCUGGAGUUGUACAUAGCACUGGGCCUCAUUGCUCUUGUACAGAAUGGACAGCAACCCUCCAUUGAGGCGCUACACCACUUCAGAGAAGCACCUGUCCCUGUAAUAACACCCAAGACACAGUCAGGGCCCCAGACCAACCAACAGUCUCUUCUCCAGCCGUCAAACCAACCACCAGCAUCUGGCGUCGGGGAGGAAGACUUUGCUCCAUUCCAGGAAGCACAGCGGAUCAAGCCAGGCAAAUCAAAUGCCCCGGGUCAUCAGCCCGAUCAUGACCAUUCCCGGAGCAAACCAGACUUCGGUUCCCCUCUCUUCUCGGACAAACGCAAACUGGCUGAUGACGAUUUGCGACGAGAGGAACUCAGCAUGGACUCAACUCUAAAGUUCCCAAAAGAAGAGGAGAACUGCUAUAUCUUUGCGGGCUCCCCCGCGGACUCCUCCAGUGGUAGGAGCUCCCCGCUGGUCUGGGACCCCAACUCCAUUUAUGAUAAGCUCACAUGUCGCUCGCAGGAGUCUGUCUCCUCGGGGUCCAUGUCAGAUCGCACACCGGGUGAAGAAGAAGAAGAUGAUGAUGAAGAAGAUGAUUUCCAUGACUUCAAGUCAGCUCCUAAGCCGGCCAAGACCCCCAACCUCCUCCCCUCCUUCCCGUCCAUCGCUCCCCCGAAAGGCACCAGCGCCAGCACACUGUCCUCAGCUGGCUCUGCCGCGGCAAAACAGAGCAAGUUUGCAUCGUCUGGCAUGCACUCGUUCGACUCCCUAAGCCAAAGAAAGGCGGCUCCUCACUCCCACGAGGACCAGCAGAAGAUUGACCUCUUCCACAUGGACUUUGAGAAGGUCUUCCCGAAGGUUGGGAGGAAGACGGCCACCGCGGAUGACUUCGGGAGCUUCCAGACGGGACCCAUCGGCAUGGGUGGAGCAGGGAAGGCUAAAGAAGACGACGAGUUUGGCGACUUUGCUCAUUUCAAGCACUCAGCAUCUGAGUCUGAUUUGAUGGGGAUGCAACCCACUGAAGGUGACAAGUACGCAGCGUUUCGGGAACUCACUGGCCCCAUGCCACAGAUCCCAGACACUCAGACAACUGUGUCAGGGGACGAUUUUGAUGAUUUCAAGCAGGCAGAACCCCCGAAGGACACACCGUCUGUUGCUGCUCAAGUCCCCUCCUCAGACUCCCUGACAGACUUUAGAGAAGCCACCCAGCCUAUGCCAGGAUUCAAGGCCAACUUUGAGGAUACUCAUCCCUCCGCACGACCCACCCCUCCCACCUCAGUCUUUGAACCCUCCCCGGCACUCCCCACAAUCAAUCUGAGUUCCAGCUUACCCGAGUCUGACGGCUUUGCCGAUUUCCAACAGGCCAUGCCGUUGCCCCCUAGCUCCUCCAACCAACGCGCUGAUGUCUUCAGUCUCAAGGCUGACUCGGCAAGCACAAGCUCCUCUGAGGAUAAGUACAGCAUCUUCAGAGCUCUAGGAGGUGCUGACGAUCGGGAACCACCCGAGGAUGAUUUUGGCAACUUCCAGACCAACCCUCCUCCCCAAGUCAUGGACUCGCUCUCCGUUGCUCCGUUUGGCAACAAACCAGAUGAUGAAAACGGUGGGAACAUGAAGAAACCGGUCUCCGCCAGUGAUCUGUAUGGCAUGGAGUUCGAUGCUCUAGGUUCAAUCAACAACGGCUCCGUUGCCAUGUUGAAUCUAGAAGAUGCUGGAGAAAACGAACCCAGCGAUGAGAUUGAGAACACGCCCACGGAGCCUCAACUCCCCGCACACACCAACGCAUUCCAGUCGUCGCAGAACAGUAAACUCUCCAAGCUAGAGUCUAUCGACAGGCUUGACCUGAAGACCUUUGACCUCGAUUUGACCUUGGGGAGGUCGGUAGAGAUGGACAGCAAAGGUAGAGGGGAUUCCUUUGGUGAGUUCAGCAGUGCUCCAGCAGAUAUGACCAGUCCAGUUGAGAAUGUCAACCAGACCAUCCAGCAAGAUCCCCCCACCCCAUCAGGUUCUAUCGUACCCUACCAGGCCAUAUCCUCGGUCCCUCUGGUCCCCGCUGGAUCAAGUCUGAUUGGAGACAGAUACGCUGAAGUGGUCGGCAACGUUGAUGAUGAGAAUCGCCAUGCCAACGAGUGGCAGCGUUGCCUGGAGAAAUGCCACGAAGCUGUCAAGAAAGCCAACAAUAUCUUCAACGACAUCAGCAGUUCCUCCAUCUGCAACGAAGUCAUCAAGUCAUCCGAAGGAGCAGAAUAUCUCACGGCCGUGAUUGAAAUCUACCGUGUCGCUUGUCGGAUACUGACCUCCAUGAAUGCGAUGGGCGUUGACUCCACUGAUCUACAGAGGCUUCAGAAGGACAUCGAGCUGGUUUGGACCAACCUGUCUGCAUUCCUAGCAUCAAGUCCACUCAUGCCCGCAGCAGGAUCUUUCGUCUUCAAGACGGCCAUCCUGCGACCAGAGCCCACCAACACAGACCGUGCCUGCGGGGUGUGUCUCCUAAACGUGGACUCUCGCAGUAAAGCGUUCGACCGCUCCAAGGACAGCCACAAGCUGGUCUACGGCGGCAGGCAGUACCACGCCACCUGCGCCAACCUCUGGGUCAACAUGGUAGAUUCCAUCCUGCCAGCUCUCCCACUCAACAGAUUGUUAUGAGGGUCGAACCACUCUGUGAAAUAGGGGAGGUCUCGGUGUACAACUCUGGCUUGCCAAAAUGUUGCAAAAUUUAUAGUGAAAUUGCUAAAUUUGUUCAAACAUUUUUCUUGGCAGUGCAUUUUCAUGUUCCCUCUGGAUGGACAUGGUAGAUUCCAUCCUGCAGGCUCUCCAACUCAUCAGAUUGUUGUGAGGGUCAAAACCAAUCUGUGAAAUAGGGGAGGUCUCGCUGGACAACUCUGCGGCUUGCCAUUGUUUCAAAUUUUAUAGUGAAAUUGCCAAAUUUUCCAAACGUUUUUUUUGUGCAUUGCAUUUUCAUGCACCUUCCAUGUCAACAUGGUAGAUUCCAUCCUGCAGGCUCUCCCACUCAACAGAUUGUUAUGAGGAUCGAACCACUUUGUGAAAUAGGGGUGGACAAUUAUGUGGCUUGCCAGUGUCGCAAAAAUGUAAUGUGAAAUUGCCAAAUGUUCCAAAUUUACUUCCUGCGCAGCGCAUUUUCAUGUGCAAACUUAUUAAAAAAAAAAAAAAACCUGAGGGCAUUUUUUGUACCUCAAAGUGUAUCAAGUCUUGAAAAUAUAAUAUUUAGGUCACAUUUAAUCACAUUUUGCAGUUGCAGCUAACCAUUUUCGUUUUAUCUUCAAAUAACUUUAAAAUAUUUGCAAUAUACCAUUCCAAAGUUGAUCUUGUUAAACACAUCAGCAGUACUAUACGAUACUGUAGUUUUAUGUAUUACUUAGAGGCUGUAUAACUUUGUAUUUGUUAUUGGACAUAUUUCAUUUCAUGAAUGAAAACAGAGAUUUGUUAAUAACUAUUUUAGGUUUAGAUGAGGGUUCGUUUAGGAAUGUUGCAUAGUCACAAAAAAUGCAGCAACCAGAGAAAUUCUCAAGAUUCUCAAGUAAUCUGGCUUGGUUGAACACAGAAAAGUGGGAUUCAGUCAAUGAAUUCUCCCAAAAUCAUGUUAUUCUUUUUGAAAUAUUUUUAAGUGCAAAUAUAUUUUUUUUCCCCGACCCUAAUGACUCCUUUACCAAAAUCAUGUCAGGUUAAGAUGUCGGAUAUCAACUUGUUCAAAUAUGUUGUAUAUUCAGCCUCUAAAAAAAUCACAACUACUACUAGAAAUUUUUUUUGAAAAGUUUAACAAUUUGGUAAGCAUAACUUGUCUGUAUAAUUCAUAGUAUCUGUACUUUUGUCGUUGUAAGACUUUGUGUUAUGUCACUGUUGUCACAGUAGAUUGAUCAUUAGGUUCUGAACAUUGUGGACCCUGGGUCACACUGUGUGUUCCAUCCGCCCGAGUCGUGUGCACAAGGGAUUCUAUAAAUUGGGGUCCAUCUUUUUUCCCCGUCCCUGUUACUUCUGACAUCUAUGAUUUUAUAAUUCUGAUGCAAUCCUUAAAGGGGCACUACAGCCCGAGAUCCCCAAAAGAUUCAUGUUUUGGAUUGUUUACUUAUCCUAUUUCAAAAGUCUGGUUGAAAGGAAACUAACCUAAUGUCUUGUCGAGAAAAGACGAAAGACCCGGGUUGUUUACAUUGGACGCAGCGGACAUUUUGUGGCAUACGCAUACAGAUGUCAAGCCGUCUCUAUUCAAUAUACUGUACACGUUGUGUGCAUCACAUAAUACACACAGCACCAAUAACAUCCAUUUUGUUUGUAACACGUCCGCUGAGUGCAAACCACUGUGCGGCAGGAUUCACAACUAGCACUCAACAGCUCGAUGUUUCGUAGUCAAAGUUGUGACCCCUGAAAUUCGUUCUUGCAUAGUUCUUGCAAGAAUAACACAAAAUCGCCCAGUUUUUAAAUCGUGGUUGUGUGGACGUUUAUAUCCUACUUUUAAGUGCUCUUUCCAAAUAAUAUUAUUUCAUUUCAAACGCGUUGUGUAGCCCAAUUGGGCGCCUUCCAAUGACAAAUGACAAAGUACCAAGGUAACAGGGACAGGAAAAAUGUCGCACUUUUGGCCCUAAAUUUAUAGAAUGCCCCACAUUUGCACAUGUUGUACUGUAAUGAAUGCGUGUUGGAUAUCAAUGGCAGCUGUGUCUGGUCAAUUAAUACACCACGGGGAGGGGGUAUUGGAUCUGAGUCACAACUGCAGGUGUCACAAAGAGACAGUUUAUUUUAGAAAGAUGGAUACUUUUUGUGUAGACAGAACUGUAAAAAAUUAUGAUUGAAUUAAGUACUGUGUGUUUAUGUGCAAUAGUAGAUAAAAUGUGUAUAUAAUGCUUGAGAAAAAAGCAGUACUCAAUUUGUUGUAUUUUAGCAAAAACAUGUAUGGAAAUGAAUGCAAAAUUGUGACGCAGUGAAAUAAAAGUUGGUCAUCUCCAUUGCAUAUAGGAAAACAAAA